AUGUCCAUAGGGGUAUUGUACCCACAACUAGACAAGUACCAACUGACUGUCGAGUGCUUGCUCUCAGAACUCCAGACAAUUUCACAGGUUAUAGCAAACGUGAACUUCAGCCAGCUGCCGGCCCAGGCUAGGGUCAUGGCAAAGACGUCAUCUCACGGCCGCCAAGUUUUGAGCCUGGCGCGAGGGAACUGCGGAAGUGCGGGGAAAUCGGCCCCCAUGGAUGUUGCCCGGUGCUCAAUGGAGUGGUACACUCAUGUCCAGAUGAAUAUCGGAAAGUGA